AUGGAGAAAUUCCCGACACAGUACUUUCUCAACACAACUGUGCGCCUUCUGGAGUACAUCAAAUAUCGAGACACCAACUAUACUCGAGAAGAACGCAUCGAGAACCUGCACUAUGCCUACACUAAGGCUGCUCAUCAUUUCGCUCAACCUCGCCAGCAACAGUUACUGAAGGUUGAACCCAAGCGCUUGCAGGCUUCACUCCAAACCAUCGUCAGCAUGGUUGUCUACAGUUGGGCCAAGAUCUCCAAAGAGCUAAUGGCAGAUCUAUCAAUCCACUACACCUAUACGCUCGUUCUGGAUGAUAGCAAAGAUGAUCCUCAUCCCACUAUGGAGAACUACUUCGAUGAUCUGCAGGCUGGCAGGGAACAAGCUCAUCCUUGGUGGAGACUCGUCAACGAACACUUCCCAAAUGUUCUCCGACAUUUCGGUCCUUUCUGUUCGUUGAACUUGAUCCGCAGCACUCUUGACUUUUUCGAGGGUUGUUGGAUUGAACAGUACAACUUUGGGGGAUACCCGGGAUCCCAUGAUUAUCCUGGCUUCCUUCGGCGCAUGAAUGGUCUUGGCCAUUGCGUUGGUGCUUCGUUGUGGCCCAAGGAUCAGUUUGAUGAGCGCAAGCAGUUCCUGGAAAUCACGUCAUCCAUUGCCCAGAUGGAGAACUGGAUGGUUUGGGUCAACGAUCUCAUGUCAUUCUACAAAGAGUUUGACGGUGAACGGGAUCAGAUCAGCCUUGUCACCAACUACGUUACAUCUUAUGAGAUAAGCCUCAAUGAGGCUUUGGAAAAGCUCACCCAGGAUACCUUACAUUCCUCCAAGCAGAUGGUAGCCGUCUUCUCAGACAAGGAUCCCCAGGUGAUGGAAACCAUCGAGCGCUUCAUGCACGGCUACGUCACCUGGCACCUGUGCGACAGCAGAUAUCGACUGAGUGAGAUUUACGAGCAAGUCAAGGGAGAAGAGACCGAAGAAUCUCAGAAGUUCUGCAAGUUUUAUGAACAGGCUGCCACCGUGGGAGCUGUAUCCGCGGCCCAGUGGGCGUAUCCUUCCGUGGCUCACCUCGCAAGCCUCCGGUCGAAGGACAUGGAACCGGCUCACGAGCCCAUCGUAAGUUCGCUUGAAUCUGUGGAAUGA